AUGCUGGAGGAAGAGUUACCGAGGAAGUCUGGUGUAGAAUUUGAACCAGAGGAGAGCCCAGGCAGCAGCAGCAACAGUAGCAGUAGUAGCAGCUACAGCAGUAGUGGGGCGGUAGAUGCCCUACCCCCAGCCCCAGUUCCUCCCCAGGCCCCUGCAGGAGAGAAGAGAGAGGACAGCUCCUGUUCUGACUCAGGCAGACCUGUAGAGUCCAGCGAGGAGGAACCUGCCAUGUUCUCUAACUUUUUAAGUGGUGCGAAUCCCCUCAGCUCUGUCUCUUCUGCUGUCAGAGGAAGUCUGUUUGGGGAUAAUACGGAGGGGGACAAACAGAAAGCAGGCACUCAGCAGCCUGGGUCAGGCCCUGGCCCUCGGAAGGCCCCGCAGCAGGGACAUAGGAAACAGGACCAGGCACCUCCUAAACAGGGAGGACCCCAGCUGCAGGGGAAUGGCCAGGCUGGUCAAGCAGACAAACCUAGCGGGCAGCAAGCCUCCACUAAGGGUGGACCAAAACUGCAAGCCCCUGCUAAGGGUGGACCUCAACAGCAAGGACCUCAUAAAGGUGGGCCUCAACAGGAAGGACCUGGUAAAGCAAGACUACAACAAGCACCCCAGCAGCAAGGACCUCCUAAAGCUGGACCACAACAAGAUUCCCCUGUGGUAGGGGCUGAACAGCAAGCCCCUGCUAAGGUUGGACCACAACAGCAAGGUUCGCCUAUGUUUGGAGCUCAACAGCAAGCCUCUGCUAAAAGUGGACCCCAACAGCAAGGUUCACAUAAAGUUGGGGCUCAACAUCAAGAUCUUACUAAAGUUGGACCCCAACAACAAGGUUCACCUAAGAUUGGAGCUCAACAGCAAGCCCCUUCUAAGGGUAAACCACAACAGCAAGGGUCCCCUACUAAGGUUGGAAUUCAGCCACAAGGGUUCCCUAAGAAAGGGACUCAGCAGCAGGGCUCCCCCAGGACUACACCACAGCAGCAGGCUUCUGGUAAACCUGGGACUCAGUCUAAUGCUGGACCUAUGGCUGGAGCUAAACCCCUGUGUCCAGUGUGUAACACUACUGGACUCAACCUGAACACCAACGAGCCACCCAACCAUAACACCUGCACACAGUGUAAGACUGUGGUCUGCAGCUUGUGUGGCUUCAGUCCUCCUGACUCGGGUGGUAAGGAGUGGCUAUGUCUGACCUGCCAGAUGCAGAGAGCACUCGGAGGCUCUUACCCACCUGGACCCCCUAAGAUGAAGCCCCAGCCUUCACCCAACAAAGCAUCUACAUCUCCUGCACCACAGAACAAAGACACUCCAACACCAGACUCCCCUCAGAGGAAACCUGCUACAUCAGCAACACAGCCACCCAAGACAGAGGUUGCUAAAGCAGCAGACCCUCAGAAACCUGCCAGCUCAGCUUCUGCUCAGAAGACAAUACAGGAGAACCGGAGAACAUCAGGGCUUCAGAAACCACCAGAGCAGCCAGGCCAACCUGGGCUUAAGCAGAGUAAUGCUACUCCAUCCACACAGCAGGAGCCUGGGAAGCCUCAGCAACAGCCUCCAAAACGUGGAGCCUCUCCUGCCAAAGCUGUGCCACCAGAGGCCCAGCCCACCAAGCAGGAGUCAGGGGGCUUCUUCGACUUUGGUGGUGCUAAAUCUCAGCCUGCUCAGUCAAAGCCUGAAGAGUCAGUGUCUGGGAAGAUGUUUGGCUUUGGCUCCUCUAUCUUCAGCUCUGCAUCCACUUUGAUCACCUCAGCUGUUCAGGAUGAGCCCCGCUUCACACCGCCAGCUUCCCCCAAGGUGUCUGCACCGGUCCAGGCCUCUCCCAAGAUGCCCCCUGCAAUGGAGAUCAAACCACCUGCUGCUCAGAGAGCAGAUGAGAAGAAAGCAGAGCAUCCCCAGCAGGCCAAGGUCCCCCCAUCAGUACAUGCCAAAGUGGACAAACCCCCAUCAGAGCCUCCAAAGGGAGCAGCAUCCUCCCAACCAGCUCCUAAAGCAGGCCAGUCCACCUGUCCACUCUGCAAGGUGGAACUCAACAAGGGCUCCAAGGACCCUCCCAACUACAACACCUGCACAGAAUGCAAGAACACUGUCUGCAACCUCUGUGGAUUUAACCCCAUGCCACAUGUUACCGAGGUAAAGGAGUGGCUGUGUUUGAACUGCCAGACGAAGAGAAUGGAAUCCCCAGGACCUCCCAUGAUAAAACCCCAACCUUCUCCCAACAACGGUUCUGCACCUCAGAGGACCACUGUCCCACCCAGCACACCCCAAAAGAAAGGCACUCCAACACCAGACUCCCCUCAGAGGAAACCUGCUACAUCAGCAACACAGCCACCCAAGACAGAGGUUGCUAAUGCAGCAGAUCCUCAGAAACCUGCCCGCUCAGCUCCUGCUCAGAAGACAAUACAGGAGAACCGGAGAAAAUCAGGGCUUCAGAAACCACCAGAGCAGCCAGGCCAACCUGGGCUUAAGCAGAGUAAUGCUACUCCAUCCACACAGCAGGAGCCUGGGAAGCCUCAGCAACAGCCUCCAAAACGUGGAGCCUCUCCUGCCAAAGCUGUGCCACCAGAGGCCCAGCCCACCAAAGAGCAGUCAGGGGGUUUCUCCGACUUUGGUGGUGCUAAAUCUCAGCCUGCUCAGUCAAAGCCUGAAGAGUCAGUGUCUGGGAAGAUGUUUGGCUUUGGCUCCUCUAUCUUCAGCUCUGCAUCCACUUUGAUCACCUCAGCUGUUCAGGAUGAGCCCCGCUUCACACCGCCAGCUUCCCCCAAGGUGUCUGCACCGGUCCAGGCCUCUCCCAAGAUGCCCCCUGCAAUGGAGAUCAAACCACCUUCUGCUCAGAGAGCAGAUGAGAAGAAAGCAGAGCAGCCCCAGCAGGCCACGUUUCCUCCAUCAGUACAGGCCAAAGUGGACAAACCCCCAUCAGAGCCUCCAAAGGGAGCAGCAUCCUCCCAACCAGCUCCUAAAGCAGGCCAGUCCACCUGUCCACUCUGCAAGGUGGAACUCAACAAGGGCUCCAAGGACCCUCCCAACUACAACACCUGCACGGAAUGCAAGAACACUGUCUGCAACCUCUGUGGAUUUAACCCAAUGCCAAACGUUUCUGAGGUGAAGGAGUGGCUGUGCCUGAACUGUCAGAUGCAGAGAGCACUAGGAGGAAUGGAAGAUCCAGAACAUUCUAUGAUGAAACCCAAACCUUCACCCAACCAAGUCUCAGCUCCUGCUGCUCCUCGAAAGAAAGACACUCCAACAUCAUCUGGUCCCUAUAAAGUAGCCACUGCACCAGCUUCACCCAAAAAGGAGCCAGUGACUCGAACCUCUCAGCCUGCCCCCUCAAAGCCUGAAGAGUCAGUGUCUGGGAAGAUGUUUGGCUUUGGCUCCUCUAUCUUCAGCUCUGCAUCCACUUUGAUCACCUCAGCUGUUCAGGAUGAGCCCCGCUUCACACCGCCAGCUUCCCCCAAGGUGUCUGCACCGGUCCAGGCCUCUCCCAAGAUGCCCCCUGCAAAGGAGAUCAAACCACCUUCUGCUCAGAAAUCAAAGGAGAAGAAAGCAGAGCAAUCACAGCAGGUCAAGGUUCCCCCAUCAGUACAGGCCAAAGUGGACAAACCCCCAUCAGAGCCUCCAAAGGGAGCAGCAUCCUCCCAACCAGCUCCCAAAGCAGGCCAAUCUACCUGUCCACUCUGCAAGGUGGAACUCAACAAGGGCUCCAAGGACCCUCCCAACUACAACACCUGCACAGAAUGCAAGAACACUGUCUGCAAUCUCUGUGGAUUUAACCCCAUGACACAUGGAUCAGAGGUGAAGGAGUGGCUGUGUCUGAACUGCCAGAUGCAGAGAGCUCUUGGAGGAAUGGAACCCCCUGGAACUCCCAUGAUUAAACACUCGAUCAGCAAAGUCUUGACACCUGUUGCUCCUCAAAAGAAGGACACUCUCACCCCUGCUGGUGUUCCAAAAGUGGCCACUUCACCAACCUCACUGAUAAUGGAGCCAGUGAUUCAAGCCUCUCAGCCUGUCCCAUCAAAGCCUGAAGACUCUGUGUCUGGGAAGAUGUUUGGCUUUGGCUCCUCCAUCUUCAGCUCUGCAUCCACGUUGAUCACCUCAGAUUUUCAAGACGAGUCCCGCACCACACCGCCAGCUUCCCCCAAGGUGUCUGCAGCAGCCCAGGCCUCUCCCAAGAUGCCCGCUGCAAAGGAGACCAAACCACCUGCUGCUCAGAAACCAGAGGAGAAGAAAGCAGAGCAACCCCAGCAGGCUAAUGUCCCCCCAUCAGUACAUGCCAAAGUGGACAAACCCCCAUCAGCGCCUCCAAAGGGAGGAGCAGCAUCUUCCCAACCAGCUCCCAAAGCAGGCCAAUCUACCUGUCCACUCUGCAAGGUGGAACUCAACAAGGGUUCCAAGGACCCUCCCAACUACAACACCUGCACAGAAUGCAAGAACACUGUCUGCAACCUCUGUGGAUUCACCCCCAUGCCAAACGUUCCUGAGGAGUGGCUGUGUCUGAACUGCCAGAUGCAGAGAGCUCCUGGAGGAAUGGAACCCCCAGGACCCCCCAUUAUUAAAGCGUCUCCCAACAAGGUGUCUGCACCUCAAACGGUCACUGUCACACCCAGUGCAGCCCAAAAGGAUAUUGCAACAGCUGCUGCAUCUGCGAAGAAAGACAGUCAAACCCCAGGCUCCCUUCAAAGGAAACCAAUUCCCCCUGCAGCUGAAGUGUCAAAAGCUGAAGCUGCUAAAGCAGCAGAUACUCAAAAACCAGCCAGCCCUGUGCCUGCUCAGAAGGCUCCACUAGAAAAUCGGAGAACAUCAGAACCACCGAAACCACCACAACAGCAGCCCAGCCCUGGGCGUAGGGAGAGUAGUGCCUUCCCAGCCACAAAGCAACCCCCCAAGCAGGAAUCAGGAGGCUUAUUUGGCUUUGGAGGUCCCAAAUCUCAGUCUGCCUCCUCAAAGCCUGAAGAGUCAGUGUCUGGGAAGAUGUUUGGCUUUGGCUCCUCCAUUUUCAGCUCUGCCUCUACUUUUAUUACGUCAGCAGUUCAGGAGGAGCCCCACACCACACCACCAGCUUCCCCCAAGGUGUCUGCACCUGUUGGACUUCAAAAGAAAGAGACUCACACACCAGUUGGUCCCCGAAAAGUGGCCCCUACUACAGCCUCAGCCAAAAAUGAAACCGUGACCCCUGCUUCAAUGAAAGAGAAGAACGCACCAGAACCAGGCUCGCCACAGAAGAAGCAGAUUUCUCCGACAGUGGCUUCACAGCAGGACCAGAAGCUAGUGGACAAACCGACUCCAACACUUGUCCAACAACCUCCACAACAGAAGACUCUACAACAACAAGGACAGCCUCCGCAGCCCUCAGCAGAGCCUGAUAUAUCAAUAGUUAAAGCUGCUAAAGCAGCAGACACUCAAAAUCCGGCAAGCCAUGCGCCUGCUCAGAAGGCACCACAGGGGAACCGGAGAACAUCAGAACCACCAAAACCACCACAGCAGCCUCGACCUGGACGUAGGCAGAGUAGUGCCAUCCCAGCCACACAGCAAUCCCCAAAGCAUGAGUCAGGAGGCUUAUUUGGCUUUGGUAGUGCUAAAUCUGAAUCUUUCCCCUCAAAGCCUGAAGAGUCAGUGUCUGGGAAGAUGUUUGGCUUUAGCUCCUCCAUCUUCAGCUCUGCGUCCACUUUGAUCACCUCAGCUGUUCAUGAGGAGUCCCGCACCACACAGCCAGCUUCCCCCAAGGUAUCUGCAGCAGCCCAGGCCUCUCCCAAGAUUCCCCCUGCAAAGGAGACCAAACCACCUGCUGCUCAGAAAGCAGAUGAGAAGAAAGCAGAGCAACUCCAGCAGGCCAAGGUCUCCCCAUCAGUACAGGCCAAAGUGGACAAACCCCCAUCAGAGCAUCCAAAGGGAGGAGCAUCCUCCCAACCAGUUCAUUUCACCUGUCCACUCUGCAAGGUGGAACUCAACAUGGACUCCAAGGACACUCCCAACUUCAACACCUGCACCGAAUGCAAGAACACUGUCUGCAACUUCUGUGGAUUUAACCCUAUGCCACACGUUACCGAGGUGAAGGAAUGGCUGUGUCUGAACUGCCAGAUGCAGAGAGCACUUGGAGGAAUGAAACCCCCAGGCCCUCCCAUGAUGAAACCCCAACCCUUGCCCAGCAAGGUCUCUACACCUGUUGCUCUUCAAAAGGAGGAUGCUGCAUCUGCUGAAUUUCAAAAGGAAAAGGAGACUACCAUAACUGCUGCAGAUCAGCCAAAGGUCACCCCCACACUCCAAAAAGAGGAGACAACCACACUUGCUGCACCACAAAAGGAGGCUCGAUUGCCAGCCUCCUCCAAAAUGUCACCACAAAAUAAAAAGAAUCCUGCACCACCAGGUGUGUCCCUUGUGAAUGAGGUCCCGAUCCCAGCUUUACCUGUCAAUAAGAUUUCUGCCUUUCUCAUCAAGGAGGCACCAACACCUGCCUCAGAUCUCACCAAGGAGGAACCAACUCCUGCCUACCCUCUCAUCAAGAAGGCACAAACUCCUGCCUCCCCUAUCAUCAAGGAUGCACGAACUCCUGCCUCAGCUCUCAUCAAGGAGGAACAAACUCCUGCCUCCCCUCUCAUCAAGGAGGCACUGACUCCUUUUUUACCAUUCAAGGAGGUCCGUGCUUCACCUCUCAACAAGGAGGCACCAUCACCAGCCUCACCAGCCUCACCCCAAAAGAAGAAGGAACCUCAACUGCCAGGGUCACCAGACAGAAAGGUGCCCCCAAAACCAGAUUCAAUGCAAGAUAAAGAGGCUGAUCCAUCUGGUUUACCUCUGAAGAAGGAAGCCCCACCUUUGGGAGCAGAAGAAACUAAAGAGGUCCAAGCUCCAGCUGCAAUACAGAGCAAUGAGGCCCCCAUUCCAAGUUCAUCCAAAACAAAAGACACUCCAACAGUUCACACCCCACUUAAAAACGAGACUUCAUCUAUUGAGAUCUCAAUUGAAAACCAGAAACAUGCAAUUGUUCAAAAGUCAGUGGAGCAAUCAGCGACACCUACAACCAAGCAGAACGAGACUGUUCAACCUUUACAGCAGCCAGAAAAUCAAAUGCCUGUGUGGGAACAGCUGGCUACACAGCCCCUGCCACAAGUACAGCCUCAGGAAACUCCAGAGCCAGACCCUAAAAUCACUUCCCCAAAGCAGGAGCCUGGGAAACCAGCCAAUCCAGCACCUGCUCAGAAGUCACCACAGAUGCCAAGAACAUCAGAACCUAAGACACCACCACAGCAGCCCAGACUUCCUGGGCGUAGGCAGAGUACUGUCAUCUUAGCAACACAGCAACCUCCCAAGCAGGAAUCAGGAGGCUUAUUUGGCUUUGGUGGUCCCAAAUCUCAGUCUACCCCUUCAAAACCUGAACAAUCAGCUUCUCCCAAGGUGUCUGCACCAGCCUCUCCCAAGAUGCCACCUACAAAGGAGACAAAACCACUUGCUGUUCAGAAUGCAGAAAAGAAAGCAGAGCAACCCCAGCAGGCCAUGGUCUCCCCAUCAGUACAGGCCAAAGUGGACAAACCCUCAGAACUUCAAAAGGGAGCAGCAUCCUCCCAACCAGCUCCCAAAGCACACCAGUCCACUUGCCCACUCUGCAAGGUGGAACUCAACAUGGGAUCCAAGGACCCUUCCAACUACAACACCUGCACUGAAUGCAAGAACACUGUUUGCAACAUCUGUGGAUUCAACCCCAUGCCGAAUGUUACAGAGGUGAAUGAGUGGCUGUGUCUGAACUGUCAGAUGCAGAGAGCACGAGGAGGAAUGGAAUCUCCUGGACCUCCCAUGAUGAAACCCUUGCCAAGCAAAGUCUCCGCAUCUGCUGCUUCUCAAAAAUACACUGUCGGACCUGUUACAACUCGAAAUGAGACACCCAAACCAGCUGGUCAACAAAAAGUGGCUCCUACACCAGCCUCACCCAGAAAAGAGCCAGUGACUUCAGCAUCUCAACCCGCUCCCUCAAAGCUGAAAGAGUCAGUGUCUGGGAAGAUGUUUGGCUUUGGUUCCUCCAUCUUCACCUCUGCAUCCACUUUGAUCACCUCAACUGUUAAGGAUGAGCCCCGCACCACACCGCCAGCUUCUCCCAAGUUUGCAAUACCUGUUGGACCUAAACAGAUGGAGACUCCCAGACCUGCUGAUCUCAAACAAGUGGGCCAUAAAACAGCCUCACCCAAAAAGGUGUCAAUGACUCCUGCUUCAGAGAUAGACAACAAGACCCUAGCACCAGGCUCACCACAGAAGGAGGCAUCUCCAGCAAUGGCUUCACAGCAGGACCAGAAGCCAGUGGACAAACCAACUACAACCCUUGUCCAAAAACCUAUACAGCAGAAGACUCCACAACGACAAGGCCAGCCUCCUCGGCCCCCAGCAGAGCCUUCGAAGCCUCAGCAACAGCUUCCAAAAGGUGGAGCCUCUAAUGCCAUACCUGUACAAGCACCACAGUCCCAGCCCCCCAAGCAGGAGUCAGGAGGCUUCUUUGGCUUUGGUGGUGCUAAAUCUCAGCCUGCUCAGUCAAAGCCUGAAGACUCAGUGUCUGGGAAGAUGCUUGGCUUUGGCUCCUCUAUCUUCAGCUCUGCAUCCACUUUGAUCACCUCAGCUGUUCAGGAUGAGCACCGCACCACACCUCCAGCUUCCCCCAAGGUGUCUAUGACUCCUGCUUUAGUGAAAGAGACCCCAGCAGCAGGCUCGUCACAGAAGAAGGAGGUAUCCCCGACAGUGGUUUGCCAGCAGGACCAGAAGCCAGUGGACAGACCGACUCCAACACUUGUCCAACAACCUCCACAACAGAAGACUCUACAACAACAAGGACAGCCUCCGCAGCCCUCAGCAGAGGCACCAAAAUCAGAGCCUGAUAUAUCAAUAGUUGAAGCUGCUACGGCAGCAGACACUCAAAAUCCGGCAAGCCCAGUGCCUGCUCAGAAGGCUCCACUGGAGAACCGGAGAACAUCAGAACCUCAUAAACCACCACAGCAGUCCAGCCCUGGGCGUAGGGAGAGUAGUGCCUUCCCAGCCACAAAGCAACCCCCCAAGCAGGAAUCAGGAGGCUUAUUUGGCUUUGGAGGUCCCAAAUCUCAGUCUGUCUCCUCAAAGCCUGGAGAGUCAGUGUCUGGGAAGAUGUUUGGCUUUGGCUCAUCCAUCUUCAGCUCUGCCUCCACUUUGAUAACAUCAGUUGUUCAGGACGAGCCCCGGACCACACCGCCAGCUUCCCCCAAGAUGCCCCCUGCAAAGGAGACCAAACUACCUGCUGCUCAGAAAGCAGAGGAGAAGAAAGCAGCGCAUCCCCAGAAGGCCAAUGUCCCCCCAUCAGUACAUGCCAAAGUGGACAAACCCCCAUCAGCUCCUCCAAAGGGAGCAGCAUCCUCCCAACCAGCACCCAAAGCAGGCCAAUCUACCUGUCCACUCUGCAAGGUGGAACUCAACAAGGGCUCCAAGGACCCUCCCAACUACAAGACCUGCACAGAAUGCAAGAACACUGUCUGCAACCUCUGUGGAUUUAACCCCAUGCCACAUGAAACAGUGAAGGAAUGGCUCUGUCUGACCUGCCAGAUGCAGAGAGCACUUGGAGCAGUGGAACCCCCAGGACCUCCCAUGAUGAAAUCCCAACCGUUGCCCAGCAUAGUCUCUACACCUGUUGCACUUCAAAAGGAGAAUGUCACACCUGUUGCAUCUCCAAAGCCGACUCCAGCUCCAGCUAAACCCCAGAAGGAGGAGAUCCCAGUACCUGCGGCUGGCCAACAAGAGAUCACUCCACCCACUGUACCUCAGGAGACACCAAUUCCCGCUGGAACCCCAGCACCAAAUGCAGACAAAAAGGAGGAGACCCCACCACUAGGAUCCUCACAAAAUAAACAAGCUUCACCUGCUCUGGCUAAGAAGGAGAAUCAAGAACCUAUAAUUGUACAGAAACCAGUGGACCAACCAAUUCCAGCAACACCCAAAACCAGUGGAGCUGCUACACCUGUACAGCAGCCAGACAAGCAAACUCCUCCACUGCAACAGCCUGCUUCAAAGGCAUCACAACAAGUACAGCCCCAGCAAGCUCCAAAGCCAGACCUCGAAACUGCCCCCCUGAAGGAGCCAAUGACUCCUGCUUCAGAGAAAGAGAAGAAGAACCCAGCACCAGGGUCACCACAGAAGGAAUUAUCUCCAGCAGUGGCUUCACAGCAGGACAAAAUGCCAGUGGACAAAUCAACUCCAAUCCCUGUCCAACAUCCUCCACACCAAGAGACUCCACAACAACAAGAGCAACAACGUCAGCCUCUAACAGCGACACCGAAAGGAGAGCCUGGGAAGCCUCAACAACAGCUUCCAAAAGGUGGAGCCUCUUAUGCAAAAUCUGUACCACCACCACAGGCCCAGCCCCCCAAGCAGGAGUCAGGAGGCUUCUUUGGCUUUGGUGGUGCUAAAUCUCAGCCUGCUCAGUCAAAGCCUGAAGACUCAGUGUCUGGGAAGAUGCUUGGCUUUGGCUCCUCUAUCUUCAGCUCUGCAUCCACUUUGAUCACCUCAGCUGUUCAGGAUGAGCACCGCACCACACCUCCAGCUUCCCCAAGGUGUCUAUGA